AAAAUAAUCAGUGCAGCUCAGCUUCGGAAAGCCAGAUUCAGGAGAACUCUCUGGGCCUUUCCUAUCUCUGCACUGGUUGCAACGUAGUAACUGGUUGGAAUUUCUAAAUCUAAAAGUGGCAUGAAUGAAGAUGGGGGGAGGAAAAAAAAAAAAAGGCAGUAAAUGUCAGCUGCGUGGUGGGAGGCAGAAAAACAGAAAACAAAAAAUUCACAUGACACAGAUUUUCAACACACUGUAUUUAUUUUUCCCUGCUUGGGAACACUUCGACCUCUGCUAAACCUGUCAUAGUUUCAGGUCCAGAUUUUUUCCCCCCUCCCAUAGGCAUUUGUUUACAAGUAGCCAACUUAAAAUGUUUAACUAUAAAUAAAGAAGAACUUUGUGUAUAAAACUAAAAUAGUCAUGUAAAACAAAACUGGAUUUAAAGGGGUAACGCUGGCGAGUGACAUCAUCAUGAAUAAUUCAGCAAAUACUUAGGCUAGCCAAUCGUAUUGUGGUUAUGAUAAUCACCAGUUGCCGGCAGCCACACUACCGCUUACUGUGCAUGUCAACAGUUUUCCUUUCCCUGCCUGACGCUUGCAAGUGGCACAGCUGCUAUCUAUAGUCCAACUCUAUUUUCAGACCAUGCAGACAGGACGCAAUGGAACUCACACAAAUCUUUAUUUACCGUCCAGUCCUGGGGAAAAAAAGGCUAAUCUACAUCCAGGUCACACGCUCUAUUGUCACUUGAGAGACUGUUUUAGGAAGAAUAAAGACCCCGUUUUCGGAGAUCAUGGAAGUAGUUGAACGCCUGAGAGAUAUUCAUGCCGAGAAUGCGACCCUUGAUCCGGAGGACGGGGAGCACCAAGCGGGCUGGGUGAGAGUGAGGGUGGAGGAGAGCUGGUUCACUGUGGAGCGGGCCUUGCUGGCGAGGCACAGUGACUACUUCUGUGCUCUCUUUCAGUCUGGGAUGAAAGAAAGUCGCCAGGACAGAGUCCACCUGAUGGGAGGAGUGCAUGCAAGGGGUUUCCUCAUUGCCCUGUCUGUCUGCAGGGGAGAUAUUCCCACCAUCAGCGACCCGGAUGAGCUUACAGAAGCUGUUGAGUGUGCUGCUUUCCUGCAGGUUGCAUGCUUGGUGCAACAUCUUUGUGACAUAAUUGAUUCAGACAAUUGCCUCUUGCUUUACUAUACGGCCUCCAUCUUUGGGGUACAUGCACUGUUUCACAAUGCAGCUCUUUUCCUUUGUGAUGCUUUUGAUGAUUUGAAGGAAGGAGCAGAGAGUACAAUUCCUGAAGACCUUCUUCAAUAUUCUAAGUCGUUGUCUCCCACUACUUAUAUUGCUAUAGGCACCCACUCUCCUUCCAUGGAGCUGCUACAUGACUCCUUUAGGGUUGUUUGCUACCUUGAUGAAAGAGAGGGGGAGUGGAAGCAUUUAACUAACCUCCCAACCCUCUGUAGCACCUCCAUGGCCGGUGUGGCAGUGCUUGACAAUAGAUUGUACAUUGUAGGGGGAGUUUACGGUUAUGGUAAGGACACGGUGGACAGCAGCUUUUGUUACAACCCGGACACAGGGGUCUGGACUGCUCUUCCUGGACCCCAGCAACCAAGAUACGACUUCACCCUGCUGGGUCAUGAGGGCCGGCUCUAUGCCAUUGGCGGCGAGGUCCAAAAACAGAUCAUCUCUACAGCAGAGAGUUUUGACACUGAGAAGGGAGAGUGGACAUUUAUACAACACGCACCAAGACCUGUAGCGUCAGCAGCGUGCGCUGUUGCAAGACGGAGAAUGUUUGUUUGCUUCUGGAAACCACCAGAUACCACAGAUAUCUACGAAUAUGUGCCGGCGAAAAAUGAAUGGAAACUUGCCACCACAAUGAUCAGACCUCAAAGCUAUGGCCAUUGUAUGGUAGCCCACAGGGACAAUUUGUAUGUGAUGCGCAAUGGGCCUUGCGACGAUUUUCUGCGCUGCCUAAUGGACUGCUACAAUAUCACGACAGGCCAGUGGACAGCCAUGACCGGACACUACAUAAACAGCAAGGGGGCGCUGUUCACUGCAAUGAUAAGGGGGAACUCAGUGUUCACAGUCAAACACAUGCUAACCCUUGAAUACACCAUCAUUGGAGAUGGAUGGAAGCCCCGCAGGCAGAUGAAGGGAUUUCCAAAGAGUGGUUCACUGUGGACGUGUUUACUCAGGCUUCCCAAGACGGGACCAGUUAUACCACAGCUGGAUUCAAAAGGGAAGGAAGACGAAAUGUCUUUGCCAGACACAUCUGAGGGAUUUGUGGAAGCUGUACCACAACUGUGAAAUUACAGCAAAACUGAAAAACAAUGUGAUGUUUUAGUGUCGCUACACACUGAAGUACAAGAAUAAUAAAAAAAAUCCCUGAUUCUAAAUGUUUCUGGAGAAUGCA